CGUCAUCAACCUGUUUGUUUUGCUGGCUGCUGUCACGCUCCUGGUAAGACCAAAAAAGAUGCUAACUCCGGAGGCGGUGUGGCAGUUCCCGGUCCAGAUAUGGGACCGGGUUCUCUCCAAGGUCAACCGGGCCGUGGUGUUUAUGGACGACACAUGUGCGGAGGUCCUCCACUGGAGCGCCGGGGGUGCUGCCGCCUUGUUCCAGGCCGGAGCCCGCAACUUGAAGCAGUUCUCCAGCUUCGAGUCGUGUAGUGACAACGAGCCCAAGGCGGUGUUUGUGGUGAGCACCUUGCUGAAAGGCCGCACAGUGGACACCAUAAAGGACAUCAUCUCCCUCAGCCACCUGCAGUACUGUGUGGUGGUCACCACCGUGUCCCACUCACUACACCUGCUCGCCAACAACGUCACAGCGGAUGUGGAUGGAGCGCCUGUGUUCGAGCAGUUCGAGGACAAGCUCUGCGAGUGGAUGGGCGACAUGAACUAUACGGCGGAGGUUAUGCACGUGCCCCUGACCUUCGCUCGUGUGUGCCCGCAGCUGCUGCUGGCGCCCGCUUAUGCACAGCUUUUUCCACUGCUGCCCCCCGAUCUGCACACCAUCAACUCCAAGCGUCCCGAGAAGAAGCGGUUGGGGAGCCUGCUAGAUGUGGACGUCCCCUCGCUGCCUGCCGAGCUGCAGAUUGAGAUCAAGUCGUUGGCGGCGGCAUUGAACGCCAUGUUUGAGGCCACAGGAACCAGAGAGGAGAGCUUCGCUGUGGGCCUCAUGAGUCGCCUCAUAGCAGGGGAACUGGCCGGUCACCCCCAGGCUAAGAACCGCAGGAAGACGGCCCCUAAUAAAGCAUCAAUCAUCUUUGUGGACAGGACCUUGGACCUGACAGGAGCCGUUGGUCACCAUGGCGACAACUUGGUGGAGAAAAUUCUCACUGUGCUAAAACGCUUGCCAGGUCAUGUGACCGAUGUACAGGUAGACAUGCAGGAGCUGACCAGUGUGCAGAUCAGUCCUCAUUCACAGAGCAGUGUGGCGCCGGGCUGCCUCGCACAGACUCAGUCACCUGCAGCCUGUUUACUUUGGGAGACCAUGCUCACCAGUAAACACAAAGAAGCAGUGAUGGAGGUCCGACGCCAACUAGUGGAAGCCGCCAGCAAGGAGAAGCUGCCAAUCAAGAUGAGCAUGGGCCGCGUGACCCCUGAGCAGCUUUGCUCCUACGCGCAGCUGUUUCGACACAAUUUGGGGGCGCUAGAGAGUCACUGCGGGGUGCUCCAGCUGGGCCUGGCUACGGCUCAGACCCUCCGACACCCCCGCCUGCCCCGCUGGGAUGCCUGUCUGGCCUUCGAGAGGCUGCUGCUGCAGGCUCUUGGAGAUGCUGAAUUUCCCGUGGUGCUGAGGCAGCUGCUGCCCCUGAUGAAGCCCCGCGGAGAAGGCCAAGACAGUGGGUCAACGUUGAUGUUCAGGGAAGACGAAUGCGGACCUGACGAGCUGAUCCUCUUGCUGAUCUACCUGUAUUCGAUGGCCAACGAGGCGAAGCCGGCAGACCAGGAGGACACCCAGGAGGAGGAACUGGAGAAGCUGGAGAGGGAGAUGAUUGGAGCACUCACGCUGGCCAUCACUGGAGAGAUGACACUCAGCCCGCUCCUGCAAAAACUCACAGGGUGCACCCAGGCGCAGGAGCUGAGCAUGGAGAGAGUCCACUCCUUGCUGGAGGACAUGUUCCAGACCCUCCGUGGGCUGAGCCACGCCAGAGACCACCUCAAACAACUGCGACGCGUCUACUCUGGCAGCGAUGGCGUCCACCAGGCCACCUAUCGGCCAUUCCUGCGACAGGUACUGGAGGAGGUCUUUCACCCGGACAGACAUGAAUGUCCCGACAUCGAGCACAUGUCUGGAGGCCUCACAGACUUCCUGAAGACUGGAAUCAGCAUGUUCAUGAAGGUGAGCCGCCCACAUCCCAGCGACAACCCACUGCUCUUCCUCUUCCUGGUGGGCGGAGUCACACCCUCAGAGAUUCGCCUCAUCAAGGAGACAGUUGCGGCCUUGAAACCAGGAACACAGGUGCUGGUUCUGUCCAAUAGACUGCUUAGGCCCACCGACAUGCCCGACCUCCUCUUCACCUCAAAGAGACUGGCGCCAGACAUUGGCAUUUGAGGAGGCGUCACGUGCGCCAACGGCAGGUCAUAAGCACCGCCAUGGAACAUCAGCACAUGUGAGUCAGGUGCCCUCGUUUAGAGGACAGGGUGUAGUCUUUUCGAACUGUGCAUAACAUCUUUAUGCUGGUAUAUUGUGGAAUAUUCUAUGUUCCAUUGGAUGCAUCAGGUGUCAAUAAAACAUGCAAUUCUUCAGGCGCAUGUGUGCUUUGU